UGCCGGGUUGCAAACAGGGGGAGAGGAGCUACAGCCAUUAUCAAGAUUUAAUUAUUUUCUGCUGUUCAUAAUCCUGUAUUUCAUGAAACUGCAACGUGGGUAUGAUGGGUCAGGAUUUGGAAAGAAUGCCAUGAACACCUUUGUGCAAAAUCUUGGAUUUUCUGUCUGUCAACUGGAGAAAAAGGAAAAAAAAGCAGUAACAGAUUUUCCAGCCGCUGCAGAGGCAUCAUGGACAUCACCCAGCGCACGAGAAAAUGUGGAAAGGCUCAAAAGGGGGAUGCCAGAGAAAUUACUUUGCCUGAAAAUACCAGGCUGGUGAAGCAGAAGCCCUCCAAGGAGCUGAGGCCCAUGCUUGGGGCCAUCUUGCUGGGCCUCAUCCUGUUCAUUGCAGCGGUGGUGGCCUGGUGCUACUACACAGUGUCCCUGCGGAAGGCAGAGCGGCUCAAGACAGAGCUGAUGGACCUGCGGGCAAAUGGCUUUGUCAUCAGGAACCAGCACGGGGAGGUGGUCUUCCGCCUGGCCUUCCACUCAGGCAGCCUCAACCUGGAGUCCUGCUCCAAGGAAGGUGAGAUUUUGAGCUGCACACGGUCGAGCAGGGGCCCGCUCAACUUCUUCAUCCAGACGGUGAAGCCCAAGGACACGGUGAUGUGCUACCGUGUGCGCUGGGAGGAGCUGGCAGAGGGCCCGGCAGUGGAGCACAUCAUGUUCUGGGAGAACGCCCACUGGUACGGGGGCUCAGAGAUGAGCACCCAGCACUGGCCCAUCCGCCUGGCCGGCUACCAGGAGCCCAUGCCCUACGUCACCAGUGACGUCUACUCCUUCCGCGACAGCUUUGGGGGCAUCCUCGAACGCUACUGGCUCUCCUCCAAGGCGGCAGCCAUCAAGAUCAAUGACUCUGUGCCCUUCCACCUGGGCUUCAACGCCACCGAGCGCGCCCUCUUCUUCCAGGCCCGCUACAAGGACUCACCGUACAAGCCCCCACCGGGGCAGCCGCCCUUCCCCGAGCUCAGCUACCGCGUCUGCGUGGGCUCUGACGUCACCUCCAUCCACAAGUACAUGGUGCGCAGGUACUUCAACAAGCCCUCCAAGAUCCCUGCUGAGAAUGCCUUCCGAUACCCCAUCUGGUCCACCUGGGCAGUCUACAAAAAAGAUAUUGACCAGGAUAAACUCUUGAGAUUUGCAGAGAAGAUCAAGAAGUACCGUUUCAACUGCAGCCACAUCGAAAUCGAUGACAUGUACACGCAAGCCUACGGGGACUUUGACUUCGACCCUGUGAAAUUUCCCAAUGUGACAGAGAUGUUUGCAAAACUGAGGGAAGAUGGGUUUAAGGUCACCUUGUGGAUUCAUCCCUUUAUACACAUAGAGUCCUCUAAUUAUGCAGUGGGAAUUGAGCGCCAGCUGUUCAUUAAGGAGCCAUCGGGACGGUUGCCAGCCAUGGUGGAAUGGUGGAAUGGCAUUGGGGCCGUCCUGGACUUCACCAACCCAGCAGCCCGGGACUGGUUCCAGAGCCACCUGCGCCAGCUCCGACACAAGUACGGCAUCUCAUCCUUCAAGUUUGACGCGGGCGAGACCAGCUACCUGCCCAAGCAGUUCAGCACCUUCCGCCCACUCUCAGACCCCAGCAUCUGGUCACGGCGCUACACUGAGAUGGCAAUCCCCUUCUAUGAGCUGGCCGAGGUGCGGGUGGGCUACCAGUCACAGAAUAUCUCCUGCUUCUUCCGCAUCAUUGACCGUGACUCUGUCUGGGGCUACGAGCUUGGUCUCAAGUCCCUCAUCCCCACAGUGCUCACCAUCAGCAUGCUGGGGUACCCAUUUGUACUGCCAGAUAUGAUUGGAGGAAACUUCCUCCCCAACAAGACAGACGGCGCGGUGGAGAUUCCUGACCGGGAGCUGUACGUGCGCUGGCUGGAGCUGUCAGCCUUCAUGCCCUCCAUGCAGUUCUCCAUUCCGCCCUGGCUCUAUGACAAAGAAGUGGUGGAGAUAGCACAGAAGUUCACAGAGCUCCAUGAGUCACUGGUGGCUCCACUGCUGCUGGAGCUGGCUGGAGAGGUGACCGACACAGGCGACCCUAUCAUCCGUCCCAUCUGGUGGAUAUCACCCAGUGAUGAGGCUGCUCACAGGAUUGACUCCCAGUUCCUCAUUGGGGACACCCUGAUGGUGGCACCUGUCCUGGAGAUGGGCAAGCAGGAGCGUGAUGUCUACCUGCCAGCGGGCAAGUGGUGCAGCUACAAGGGGGAGUUGUUUGAGAAGACCCCAGUGCUGCUCACAGACUAUCCUGUCGACCUGGAUGAAGUCGCCUACUUCCUCUGGGUUUCCUCAUCAGUUGUGUAGUGGUUUCAGGGAUUAAGUAACAAUGUACUUUAUUGACCUGGGGAUUUUAAUAGCAUGGAAUUCAAAGGAAACCCUCUGACGUCUGCUUUGUGUGGCAAGUGCUGUAGCAUAAUUUACUGGCAUGCAUUGGAUUGUUGUCUUUUUAUAGAAGUAUGACAAAUAAAAUGUUUAGAAACACAGUCUCUGUUCCUAACUUUUUCCCCGCAAAAAAACUCAUGCCCACCAUUUCUUUCUAUAGUAAAUCAUGUAGGCUGCUUUGUUACUCUGUUUCACAGCUCAUCCUUUGAGACAGCCAUAAUUUAAUUUACUCAGUGAAGGAGGCAGUUGCAGCAGAGUACCUUUCUUACAAAGAGCAGUCCAUGGUUAUUCUGAAGAAGGCACUGAAUUUUCAGCCUGCACAUAAGAAGGGUGCUGGCACAAUGUAUUGGUCUGAUUUAAGCUUUCCAGAGCUAACAGAACAAUAUAAUUAUAGGAUGCCUUCCCCUCUCCCCCUCUUUGAAAAAGAAAGGAAUUAGUUCUAUAGAGGAAAGGAGGUAAAGCACCCAAGGAAAAACUUCAACAAUAAAUAGAAAGUAUUUCAUGUAUCACAGUGUCACAGUAUCACAGUAUCACCAAGGUUGGAAGAGAUGUAGAGGAGUUACAAAGAGGUAUAGAGAAGGGAAACAAGAUACAAAUGCAUAUAUAUAACCAGAUUGGUGGCAAUGGAUGGAAGUAGAUUCAGGAAAGAGUUGUCCACCAUGUGGUGGGGUGGCCACAUGGCAAAACAGGAGCAGCAGGAACAAGGGUGCUGUUGGCAGGCAGGGAGGACAAAAAGUGAGAGAAGCAGGAAGUUCCUCUAUUUUUUAUAGGGGCUAUAAACUGGAAGUGGGAGUGGGCUAAUCACUACACCUGGAGACAGGUUCAGACCACCCUGAGGAAGAUUAACCCUUUACACACAAGAGUAAAUGGAGUUUGGGUUUCCCAUGGUCUGAGCUAUUUGAGUAAGGAGAAAUAAAUUGUAACAUUUGCUAAUGCUGUGGCAACUGUUUUCCCCUUUGGUUGGAAAAAAAUAUUGACAACUAUUUCUGUGGUGUGGAUUCAGCCACGCCUGUAUCCAUGUGGAGGUAUCUCAUGGCAGUAAAGAUGCUAAAACUUAGCAUCAAGUCACAAAGGGGUUAAUAUCUAAUAGGAUCCAUGUGUGGUUUGGGCCACGUUUAGAGCCAAAAGUCACACUCCAUCACGUCUCAACAGAGGACUUGGCCGUCAUCCUCUGUACUAGUUUGAAGCUAGCUAGAUUGUUUUGGUGAGAAGAACUAGAUUACAGCCUGUGAAAGGGAAACAGUGGUGAUGUCUACUUCACUCAUAGGCUUGCUGAGAUGUAUAAGAACAAGAAUCCAAACAUAGAUAAGGUGUUCGGGCACUGCCUGGGCUCUGGGCUGCAUUUCUCUCUAACCUUGCUACCGUCUCUCUGAUUAAUCCACUUGCUUCCUAACCCCCCUGGCAGACCUCCAUUUCUCCCGUGGGGCACAAGGCAACGUCUGGGGUAAGGUAGAGGGGUGGGAGAAGGUGGA